UCAGGGCCUUGGGUCGGCCCUGGCAGGCGCUGUCCUUGCUUGCGCUCCCACGUGGAAACCGAGGCCCAGGGAGGGAGGCUCCCUCAGCCCGGCCCCGGCAGCAGGGCGCGGGAGAAGCACCGGCCGGGACCCUCCCGGGAGGCCGGGCCCCCGGGGACCCCGUUCCUCUUCAUCGCCUUCUCUCCUCCUCCGCAGACGCUGCUGCCGCGGCCCAGCCCGGGAUUCAUGGAGAGGGCCCGGGGGGGCGGCUCUGAGUGCCGCCGCGCCCAGCAUCCGCACCGUGCCCGCCGCUGAGGCCCCGCGCCUCCCGCCCUCACCAUUGCCCUCGCCUGCCCAUGGCCCCUGCCGCCCGGCCCGGGGCCGGCUCCGCCGCCUGAGCCCCCUGCCCCGCUCCAGGACGCGCCCUACCCCGAUGGGGUAACGUGAGAGCGGCCCGCGUCACAGCCGCCCACCCGCCCGCCGCGGCCGCCACCUGCGACCCCCCCCCCGCCCCAGGGCUGCCCCGUUGGUUCUGUUCAAGUUCAUUCUUGCUUUGGUCCUUGGGGGUUUGGGGCCUUUGCGCGAAGGCGGCCGUCGACCUGUCCACCGAUGUAGACGGGGUGUCCCCAGCGACAGGCACAGCGCUGGCCACGGCCGCGGCCACGGCCACAGCAGCCGGAAUCACUGUGGGCUUUUUAAAGUUUUCUUUGCUGACUGUUCUUGGUUGUUGUUUUUGCUUUUGCCCCCUCAUACUUAUCCAGCUCUGAGAAACCUCAGCUUGCGCUGGCCUGUUUCACUUCUGGGGGUUCUUUUGUUCCUUCUGUUCUUUUUAAAGAGUUGGGUUUUCUUUGGUUCGUUAUCCACCCGUUAUCCGGGCAGCGUCCUCCCCGCUCCCAAGUAUUUGCACAAUAUUUGUGCGGGGUGUGGGGGGCAGGUUUUUAAAGAAGCAUUUUCUCUCUCUUGGACAAGCACAGGGAUCUCGUUCUCUCGGGUUCUGGGGGGGCUGGUGGGGCCUUCUCGCACCCACGCCCCCAGCCCUGCCUGCAGCCCCUUCCCGGGCGCAGCCCCGCCUGCGGGCAGCAGCCAUGGCACGCAUGCACCGGCCGGCCCCCGUGGAGGUCAGCUACAAGAACAUGCGCUUCCUCAUCACCCACAACCCCACCGACGCCACCCUCCGCAGCUUCAUCGAGGACCUGAAGAAGUACGGGGCCACCACCGUGGUGCGUGUGUGUGAAGUGACCUACGACAAGGCCCCGCUGGAGAAGGAUGGCAUCACCGUCGUGGACUGGCCGUUUGACGACGGGGCGCCCCCGCCUGGCAAAGUGGUGGAGGACUGGCUGAGCCUGCUGAGGACCAAGUUCUGUGACGACCCCGGCAGCUGCGUGGCCGUGCACUGCGUGGCCGGCCUAGGACGGGCUCCGGUCCUCGUGGCGCUGGCCCUCAUCGAGAGCGGGAUGAAGUACGAGGACGCCAUCCAGUUCAUCCGACAGAAGCGGCGUGGAGCCCUCAACAGCAGGCAGCUCACCUACCUGGAGAAGUACCGGCCCAAGCGGAGGCUGCGGCUCAAGGACCCACACGCGCACAAGGCCAGGUGCUGCGUCAUGUAGCUCAGGACCUCGGCUGGCUGCGGGCUCCGCAGGGCCCCAGGCUGGGCGCCUCCAUCUCGCCUUCUCUCCCGACCCCUCGGCACCCUGCCACCAGCGGUCCAGCCCGCCCCGCGCCCUGUGCUGUUUCCUGCUG